CCGCCGCCGCCGCCGCCGCCAUGUCGUCGCUCGCUCGCUCGCUGCUCGCGCUCGCCGCGCUGCUCGCUGCCGCCGACGCCGUUUGCACUUCAAACGUACAUGGAAACGACACAGACCACGUGGAACUUUUAGGGCCAUUUGAAGUUUCUAGUUUUGAAGCCGAAAAUGGGAAAGUCAUUAACAUUGACGACUCCUGCGGAUUCGGAAAACCAGUAGGCGUGACAAUAAACGCCUGCAAUAGCCACUCCAGCCGCACGUUCUCGGAAGGACUCCCGCCACGUCUCAGCUCCAACAUGACCCGAGCGGAGGUGCGCUGCGAGCCCGGGGGUUGUCCUUCUGGAGUCCACGUGCAAAUCAUACAGUCAGCAGCGAUGGGCAGGGCGCCGAGCGCAAGCAGCGAGCAGCCGAGCGACAUAGCGGUGGUGGCGUCGGCGGCGGUGGCAUCACGCGGCGACAUGGUGGCGGCGGCGUGGAUGGUGCGCUAA